AAAUUGGGAGUAGAUUCGGCUGGCGUCUUUGGUCUCUUUGGAAAACCAAUGCCAAUGGUAGCAGCGAAGCUUCCCGAUAAAAUAGACACAACCAAGGCAGUUUUUACUCGACCUCACGGUAAAUGGAACAGAAUGACGACAUCGUUGGUAGAUUCGCACAUUCAGGAAAGUGAUCUCUAUAAUUUGGCAAAAAAAUUGGCAGUGAAAUCGAAACCAAAGUCGGGUUUGGGCCUUCGGCUUUUUGGUAACCACCGGUCCAUUUUAACGUCGAGGGUUAUGGGUGCCGUAAAUACAACCCAAAAGGAAUUUCCCCGCCCACCUGCCAACAGAAAGUUUCCUAACUUUUGGAAAAAGACUCAAGAAAAAGAAGUGACUAAAGCUGAGGAAAGUUUAAAGAAGGAGGAGAGCCAAGGGAAAAUUGCAGAAGGCGCAGCGGAUCAACGUAAAAGAAAACGACCUGCUUUCCGAGGAAAAGGGAUCCGCAAAAAAGCAGGGGACAACCAAUUCGAGGGCUAUGAAGUCAAGGAACUAACUCUCCAAGUGCCCAACAUGCAGACCGAUCGGCACGGAAACUGGGUCUACAAUCAGUGGGGCGUGACGUACGGCAAUCAGUUCAUGGACACCCGAUUCACCAAGGGUAAGGGCGACAAGCACCAGGCGGUUCGCUACCGCGUCGACCAGGAGCCCCUCCAUAAGUACGAUCCCAAUCCCGGCCAACUAAGCACCGUGUGCCUUGGCAGAUCCACCAUCUACAACUAUCCGAAAGUCUUCUGGUGGCUCAACCGGAUGAUCCACAACGUCUCCUUCGAACACCGUACCAUCUGGAUGGAGCUGCGCCGGGAGCUGUAUGUCUACGGCAGGUCAGAGGAGUGCCACACGACCAACUUUACGGAUUUCCGCGAAUUCCAGGAGUGCACCCUAAGGCGGCACCAGCGGAUGGAGUACAUGAUCCCGCAGUAUCCGCUCCAGCAGAUCGGCUACAGAAAGUACUACCACAAGAAACAGGCGGCGGGUGGUGAGGCGGAAUCUGAAGAGGAGGAUGACUUCGAGGACGACUUUAAGCGUCACUAUGUUUUACUGAAUGACAAAUAUAAUACAUUAUGA